AUGUUCAGUGAAUAAAUUGGAUGUGACUGAGCAAUUUCUGAACCAAACUACUGCAGCGAAGGCAUUAGCCAGCACAAUAAGGACUAGAAGAGAGCUUCAAGACCGGUUACCAGGAUUUUCCAGGGUCUCCAACAAUGAUAUUGCGCUCAAGAUUCCAAAAGCCUUCAGAGGUGAAGAAUAGAAAACGACAAAUGGGGUGCGGUAAAAAUAAACAGAAAAAAUCAACUGCAUCUCGGAUAGCAAUGGACCAGGAAACUACACGUAAAAAUCAAAACCUAAAGAAAUCAUCAAGUAAAUAUGAAGCAUACCAACACUAUGACAGAAAGAAAUGUUACAUACUGACAAGGGACUCAAAAACUCUGCGUUUUGAUUUAGACGAGUAUGGCCAUCAUAAAAUAUCAAUUGAGGAUUCACAAACCAUUGAAGAUAUUGCAUGGUUAGACAUAUUCACAAGCAACAAACAGAAUAAUUGUGCUCUGGUGGCCAGAAACAGCACUAAAAAACGUUGUAAAAAUUUGGUGACCAUGACCCAGCGAUCAAAAAAUAACUUUCUCCUAUUGGGCAAGAAUAAGAAACAACUGUAUCUGAAGGUCUUGAAUCCAAAUGGUAAGGCACCACGGGGUCGUAUGGUGGCAGGACGCAGCAUGGAAGAGAUUACAGGUGGCGCUCCUGACCCCAGUCAGUUGACUAAACAAGAAAACCAGCUGUUCAUCAUGCAUUACAACGAAGAAGAUUCAGUAAGGUUUCAGUGUUAUAAGGAUCAGAACUACUACCUUCAUGUGAACAAGGACUCCGUUGAUCUAUGCAAGAUGAAAGAAACAGAUGCUGAUACAGGAAAAGACUUCUAUUUCAAGGUGGCAUAUGUGUGAUACAUAGUUCCCCAGACCUUGCAAUGACUCAAGUAUGUACACAGCCCCUGAAAUGAGCCAAUACAAAAUAGAAAUGAAGGGAGAUUGAGAUCACGGGGGGAUUAAGUUCCUUAGUUUUGUAUCAAGUUUUUCUAUAGCCUCUGUUUCAUGAUUCACUAUUUUUGAUGUCUAAGGGAGAGGUUAUUUUGUGUUUUAAAUAUACUGUACCUGAGCGAAGUAUGUAAUUUAGAGGAGGGAUGGCUAGCAGUGUUUUAGAAAAAAAAGCAAUUGUUUGGUAACUUUUUUUUUUCCUUGACAUUAUAUUUAUACUUUAAAGGAGGCUGAUUUAGGAAGUUGGGAACAUAACAGCAGGGACCCAAAAAUAGGAAGAGAGAAUCACAGAAAAUAUAACACUUAAUAUUACAUUUUGUAAUAAGAAACUGUAUUUCUUAAAUGUCACACAUAAAUUCACCUGAAAAACCAUGAAGGAGAUUAAUAAUUAUUCAGCAGCCACUACAUGUACGUGAAUGUGUGUGUACAAUGUACUUACUUUACUGAGUCUUUGCUGCACCAGCUAUUCUGCUCCCACCCUGGAGAUCUGAAAAAAAGAGCAUAAGGACAGAGGGCUAGUAGUUAAAGGCUAACAGCAAAGCUAUUCCAUCUUCUUUACCACCCCCCAAGUAAAUCCAUUUACCUUUCCAAGCUACUCCAGCCCCCAUUCUUCAUCUUUCCACCCCCACCAAAAAAACAGCUGCAUGGCCUGAGAAUCCCACUGCAUUAGCAGGAAGAGGGCAGAUUGGGCAUCAUGGAAGGAUGUGCUCCCUGUGAACUUUGGUCUGAUCAAUUCCCAACUCGAUCCUAGAGGGAAACACAAUAGAGAGGAAAUCUUUAGCUCAGAUACAGAGCAAAGUACAAAACAGUACAAACAAAAAUUGAAAUAAGUGUCUGAAUAAAUGAAUUCAAAGAAUAAACUCAAGCUUCUUACCUUGGGCUUGCAGCAGGCCUUGUGCAGGACAGAGCCAUCUGAAAUAGGUAAAGGAACAAACCAGAAAUAUGAAGUAGUGGAUCUAGACAUCAUGGCUCUGAUUCUCCAUUUCCCAGCACCUUACUUAGUUAUUUACCCAGUGUAAAGUAGGUGUAAAACACUACCAUUGAUUUCAUAACCGCUUAAACUCAUUUUGCUCUGGUGUAAAUGACUACACCACAGCAAACCAGGCUUUAAAUAUCAGACGUUACGCAACUGCUCCAGGAUACUAUACCUGGAACUGCAGGUUUGGUGAAACAAUGCACAGGUCCCACAACAUUUGCAGAGAAUGUUCUGUGCGGAUAUAUAUACUGUGUGCACCUGAAGCAGGAAACCUAAUGUGAACACUCAAUCAUACUAGGCCAAGUUGCAACCAAGCAAUUCUCUAGUAGAAAAGGCUUCAAAGUUGUGCGAGACCAUGCAAGAACAGAAACAGAACUUAAUUUUCCCUCAUAGCCAUGCAUAAUGCUACUGCUGGGCUAACACCCUGUUAUACUCUUUAAAUAGAGAGAAUGUGUGCCAAACCUGUGAAGAAACCAAAGAACUUUGCUGCUCAAUAAACAAUUAAGAGAUUCUGACAUAACCCCUUCGUUUUGACUAAAAAUUCUUAUGGAUCCAGGUGUCUGAUUAGACACCAUUUAAAUCAGUAAAAGACAGCCAUUGACUUCAAUGUGCAUUGCACUGGGUCUUCAUGAUUUGAAAUCUCCAUGGGAUGAAACACAGACUUGAGUGACUUUAAUUGAUAACUAGAACUAUCUGUUAUGUUGCACACCCAUGAAUUAAACUAAAUGUCAUUACACAACAGUAUCUCACAAUACAUUUAUUUUGAGAGAGACGGCAGGAGAACAAAGACCCUAAUUCAGUUUGAAUAUUUGAAAAGUGCUUCCAAGUGCAGGUAUUUUGGAUUCAUUCUGUGCCUCUAGACUCUAGAGCCUGUUGUGCCACUGAUUAAUAUUAGCAAUAUGAUGGUCCCAUUCAUGUACAAAACACUCCCUCUACUGGCUAAAUUCCUGGAACUGCUACUUCACUGGUCUUAGGUGUUUCCAGUUGAAGUCACUGGAAAAAUUCUUCCUAACUUCUAUGGCCUUCGGAUCAGGCCCAUAGUAAAAGUUUGAAUUGUGGUGCCACAUGUGCAGUAUGUAGUUAUCUUGCACUUGGAUUGUUUACAUGCACAGCCUCAUUUUUUCCACUCUCUCCUUCUAUUUCAAAUUAGGGCUGUCAAGCGAUUAAAAAAAAUUAAACAACAAUAGAAUACCAUUAUUAAAUAUUUUUGGUUGUUUACUACAUUUUCAAAUAUGUUAAUUUCAAUUACAACACAGAAUACAAAGUGUACAGUGCUCACUUUAUAUUUAUUUUUAUUACAAAUAUUUGCACUGUAAAACAAAAAAAAAUAUUUUUCAAUUCACCUCAUACAAGUGAAUUGAAACAAUAAUGAAAGUUGAACUUACAAAUGUAGAAUUAUAUAAAAAUAAAACAAUGUAAAACUUUAGAGCCUACAAGUCCACUCAGUCCUACUUCUUGGUCAGCCAAUCACUCAGACAAACAAGGUUGAUUACCAUUUGCAGGAGAUAAUGCUGCCUGCUUCGUGUUUACAAUGUCACCUGAAAGUGAGAACAGGCGCUCGCAUGGCACUGUUGUAGCUGGCGUUGCAAGAUAUUUACGUGCCAGAUGCGCUAAAGAUUCAGAUGUCCCUUCAUGCUUCAACCACCAUUCCAGAGGACAUGCUUCCAUGCUGAAGAUGGGUUCUGCUUGAUAACAAUCCAAAGCAGUGCAGACUGACAUAUGUUCAUUUUCAUCAUCUAAGUCAGAUGCCACCAGCAGAAGGUUGAUUUUCUUUUUUGGUGGUUUGGGUUCUGUAAUUUCUGCAUCAGAGUGUUGCUCUUUUAAGGCUUCUCAAAGCAUGUUCCACACCUUGUCCCUCUCAGAUUUUGGAUGGCAUUUCAGAUUCUUAAACCUUGGGUCGAGUGCUAUAGCUAUUUUUAGAAAUCUUACAUCGGUACCUUUGCAUUUGGUCAAAUUUGCUGUGAAAGUGUUCUUAAAACGAACAUAGACUCUUUUGUUUAUCAUUUUUACAGUGCAUAUACUUGUAAUAAAAAAUAAUAAUAUAAAGUGAGCACUGUACAUUUUGUAUUCUGUGAUGUAAUUGAAAUCAAUAUUGAAAAUGUAGAAAAACAUCCAAAAAUAUUUAAUAAAUUUCAUUUGGUAUUCUAUUGUUAUAUGUGCGAUUAGUCACGAUUAAUUUUUUUGAGUUAAUCGCAUGAGUUAACUGCGAUUAAUUGACAGCCCUACUUCAAAUAUUUAACAAACUAAGGCUUUUUCUUUUUAAAAAUCACAUUUUAUGUUUAAGGAAAUAAGCAAGUAUAAAACGCAGCAUUGGUAGUUCCUGUAAGGAUUUAGAUAGAUAUUGGUUUUGGACAUUGUAAUUUCACUUAUAACCUUCCAGAAAACACAGAGCAAAUGGUAACUUCAUUAACAUAAUCUGUAAACAGAAUUCAUAGUAAUAUAGGUGAAUUGCUGAAAUCUGAUCUAAUUUAUGUAUGCAAAAAGUGUGAACCAACACUUUCAAAAGUACUCAGUGAUUCUGAGAGCCCAACUUGAUUUACUGAGGGGCUGAUUUUUCAGAUGUGUUGAGGCAGAGCACAUGUGCAAAUCAAGCAGCUCAAGUUAGGCAACCAGAAUUAGUGGGAACUUUUGAAAAUUUAAGCCCUAACUUUUAACAGUAUGAAAAAUAUAUAUUUUAUGCAUUCAAUAGUUAAAUAGAGUUGUAAAAUUUCAUAUAGUUCUGAAAAUAUUAUUGGUAGACCUGUAACAAUGUGAUAUACAUCACUUUACUUUGCAUGUACUAUUACAAACAGAUAUUUGGUAUAAAGUUUUUCAUCUAAAUCAAAUGUUUUUAAUAAACUGGGCACUUUUCAUAAGCGUAUUGGAACUUCCUUAGGAUUUAUGGGGCCCUACACAGUAUUAUUAAACUGGAGCCCCUGUGCCCGACGGCAGCCUGGGCUCACAGCCCAGGCAGGUAUGGGGAGGGAAGGGAUGAGGCAGCAAAGGAUACCAAGCCACCCGGCCCACCUUACAGUGGCGGAGAGUCACAGUGCCCUGUAGAGACCCCCGUAGCCUCUCCCUCACACAGAAUGUGCGGCGCCGGCGCAUUUGGCUCUGUGAAUAUGGCCCCUGCCUAAGGAAACUGCAGUGUGCACUGGGUGGGCGGGAGCCGACCUGCUCUUACCUGCUGUCAUGGGUGGUGGGUGAAGCUGCCACUUGGGGAGGCUAGCUCCCCAGCCCACCAGUGGCCCCGCCCAUACUCCACCCCUGCUCUGCCCCAGGCCCCGCACCCACUCUGCCCAGACCCCACCCUCUCUCAACUAUCUUCCUGCUCUCUUCCCUCCCCGUCCCUGAUCACCCCCUUCCAGCCAAAUCCCUGAACCCAAAUGAAGCAAAUGACAUUUGGAAAAAAAACAAAAAAACACUCUUCUGCAAUUUCUUUCUAAAGAAAAUGGAACAUGUUUUCCACUGCAUGCCAGAAGGUGAAGACUGGCCAUGCAAAAGGUACCUAAUUAAAAGCACUAAACUUUUGGAAUAAAAAAUGUCAAUCACGGUUUUUUUGAUAUAUCCUAAA